AUGCAAAUCUGUCUACAAUGCCUUAAUGAGUCAUGUGAUGGUGGACCAUCAUGUCCUGGAAAGGACGUCCCAUGUGUUUAUUGUGUGGGAUUCGAUGUAGUCAACUCCAAAACCCAUCACCGUUCGUUUUGUGUUCGACCAGAACAUUACGAUCAAUUUAAGAAGCAACUGGAUGACCUUCAUGAAAAGCUUAAGGAGCUAGAUCGCCAACUUCCUGUGUCUACCGUACUCGAAUCAAGCAAGGAACACCACAAGGGAGUUAUUGACACAUCAUCACACAACAAUGUGGUUGCCUUCGGAAGUGCUGGAGAAGUUUUCUUCAACUUUGUUAUUUCCGAAGUAUUUACGGCGAAACCAAGAAUAUCGAAGUCAUUAACCAGAACCGAGUACAGCUUUGUGUAUGAUGAGGUCUUACCUUGGGAAACGGUGAUCGAUGACUUUCGAAAUGCCUUGCUGGCAACGUGA